AUGGCUUUGUGUGUUCGUUAUGUUGAUAAAAAGGGAAUGGUAGUGGAGCGAUUUCUUGGUAUUGUCAAUGUUGCGGAUACUACAGCUUUGUCUCUUACAGAGGCCAUCAUUGCUUUGCUUAAUGAUAAUUCUUUGAGUUUGUCUAGUGUAUGUGGCCAAGGAUAUGAUGGGGCUAGUAACAUGAAAUUAUCUUGUAAGAGAAAGGAUAUGCUUAGAGGGAAACAAGUUGAAACAGUUGUAAAAGCUUUAGAAGAUGGUGAAAUUGAAAGUGGGAAAGGAUUGAACCAAGAACUUGCUUUGGGUCGGCCGGGUGAUACACGUUGGGGAUCACAUUAUAAACUGAUUUUGAAUGUUAUUGCUUUGUAUCCGAGGAGAAAGACACGUGGUCGUUUGGAUACUACACAUUACCACCAUUAUCGAAUUGAAGUGUUUUUGUGA